UCUAGAUGAGACUGGUGUGAUACGGAUCCAUUCGACUCGCAUACGAACCUUGGCUUUCUCUGUCGCAUUAUAACCUCGCGACUUUUGUCAGGCGUCACUUACUCUCUUCCUUUGGAUCUGCAUCCUGUUUUUCGCGAUCUCAGCACUACUCGGCGGCCGCGGCCUCUUAGUUCCCCAUAUCAACGGCUUCCAGAUCGUUUCGCGCGCAUUCCUGACCGUCUGCCUGUGCAGCUUGUCAGGUCUCCCAGAGACUGUGACUGGCAGUAUUAGAUCCGGUGACGAGCUCUACGCUGAGUAACCUGCGAGGCAUGGGUGGGAGUUCGAACCAGUCUAACCGCACGAGCCCCGGGUCCUAUACCACGGCACAACGCACUGCUUCCUUAUCCUCUGGCUCUUCGCCUCCUAGCCAGUCUGUCCCCUUCUCUCAGGCGUCCUCGACGGCUCACAAUGCGAUGUCGACCAGCGACGUCUAUAAUCCCACUGUGUCGCAAGCACAAACAUCCCUUGGAUACCCGUUCCCGAUCGGUGCCGCCAGUUCCCUCGACAGUGUUUCAACCGCCAUGCGUCUAGCCGACUCCGAUCGAACUGCGCAAGGCAUGAACGGCUUUGGCAGGAUGGGCCAUAGCGGCGCUAUCCUGAUGCGCAAGCUCCCGCGAAACACAAGCCGCGAGGCUCUGCGAAGCAUGCUCUUGUUCGCCAAAGAUUUCAUUGAUGCGGAUUUUGUCGCUUCAGAUCUCCCUGAAGACAACGGAUUUUUGAGUGCUAUUGCCCGUUUCAACACGUUAGGAGCAGCAGAAGAAGCAAGGGCGCUACUGGAUGGAAAGCCAAACUCGAAGAACGAAGCCAACAUGAUCGUGGAGAUGUAUCCGGGACCUUCUACGAUCGCACUAACUGGCAGACGCAAUACUGUCGACCACACCCCUGCGCGCGGCAUGUCCGGUGGUAUGCCAUCCGGAGGUCCACUAGGCCGUCAGUCUUCUCGUUUUAACGGCACAUUCCAGAGUCUGGAGCGUCUCAACACCACGAACGGUCUAUCUCAGACCAAUGGCGAUCCACUCCCCACUCCAGAUACGAACUCCCGACUGCACAGCCUUUUCUCCCCGCAGUCUCCUAUCGGAAAUGGAAUCAGUGAUCUUCCUCGUGUCAGUGGCAAGUCUGUGAUCGACCAAGAUUUGGACGAGGAAACGGGAGAAUUGCUCAAAGACCCCGUUGGCUAUGCUCAGAACGGACAUGCCGGCUCUGUUUCGAUGCCUAGAAGGUCCACCAACCCUCAGAUUCCGACUAACCGCUUUGCCAAUUUGUCUCUGACGACGUCCAAUAUGACUUCUCCCAUCCAGAGCUACGGACCGGGUUCGGCGCGCAUGGGUGUUCAGACGCCCUCAUCGACAUUGGCCCCUAAUAAUGUACCAGGAAAUCAUGGCUUCCAUUAUCCGAACCAACAUACCCCGCGCCACAGCCUGCCAGCUGCCAAUCCCAACGACCUCAACCCACCUUGCAAUACGCUCUACGUCGGCAACUUACCCGCCGAUACAUCCGAGGAAGAGCUUAAGUCUCUCUUUUCGAAGCAGCGGGGUUAUAAGCGUCUUUGUUUCCGAAACAAGCAGAAUGGACCGAUGUGCUUUGUGGAGUUUGAUGAAAUCGCCAUGGCGAGCAAAGCGCUCAACGAGCUCUACGGUUACAAGCUUUCCAACAGUGUCAAGACCGGCAUUCGUCUCAGUUUCUCGAAGAACCCUCUUGGAGUCCGCAACGGUCAGCCCGGUAGUAUGAAUUCAUCAACCCCUCUCACCCCGCCCGGUGGUAAUCACAGUGCCAACGGCCUGGCUGGUGUGCCAAAUCCGAUGUUUUCGACUGCGACUGGGCCGCCUCCAGGGCUUUCUGCGCCUCCCGGUCUUGGUGUUCCAGUCGGCGUGAGGAAUGUUCCUAUCCCUCCUGGAAAUCCGCACUCGCUGGUGCCGAAUGCUUCGUUCGGUCCGAACACUGGACUUGGCAUCAGAACCAAUGGCAUGAAUCCUAUGUCAGCUUCAACUCUAGCGGGAGGGAUUACUGGCGCUUCCGCGGGACAUCCUUUAGGAAGCUUCAACAACCUUUACCCUGAUUACAUGAUGGGCCGAUAGAUUACGGCAAAUUGCAUAUUCCAUAAUGUCCGGCAUGUUUGAUGACGACUGGGUCAUAAGCGGCGUACUGGGGUUGCCUGGCUUUAGCGAGCCCAAGCAGCAAUUUGGGAGUCUCCACGAGUCCCAAGAGAUGUUGAUCAAAGAUAAUUUCC